UAGUAUAACAGGAAAACAAAUAAGAAAUGCUUCUCUAUCUUACAUCUGCGAGCGGCGUGCGUUUUGUGUCGCUGUGAACGUUUUCUGAUCUGUCAGGCUGCAUUUUCUUGUUAAGCCAUGAAGCUUGUAAGGUUUUUGAUGAAACUCAGUCAUGAGACUGUUACAAUUGAGCUGAAGAAUGGCACACUCGUACAUGGAACUAUCACAGGCGUGGACGUGGCGAUGAACACGCACCUGAAGGCGGUGAAGAUGACGCUGAAGAACCGCGAACCCACCCAGCUGGAGACGCUGAGUGUGCGCGGUAACAACAUCCGCUACUACAUCCUGCCCGACUCGCUGCCCCUAGAGACGCUGCUCAUUGACGACACACCAAAGAUGAAGUCGCGACGCGCCGACCGUGGCGGACGCGGCGGCCCCCGCGGCCGGGGUCGGGGAGGUCCCCGCGGCCGUGGUGGUCGGGGCGGGCCGCGGGGACGGGGUCGCGGCCGCCGCUAGUGCCGCGCCGCCCCGUCGUUCCCCACCUCUCAUCUCGUCAUCGUCCGUCGCCAUUCCGAGUCGCCGCUGUCGCCGGGUGAGGGCGGCCCGCCGGCGGCGCCCAGUCCCCGCAGCAGUCCGGGGCGGGCGCCGCCUCUCCCCUCCACGGAAAAUGUCCAUAGCGCGGCGGGACAGACUCAGUGGGCAGUCCCUCUGCGAUCGUCAUAUGACCUCGUGUUGCUGAGUGAACAGUACGAAUACAAAGGGAAACCA